UGUGGAGAUCAACUUAAGGGCUAAAUUUGAAGAAAAUUGUCAGUUUCGGUGCACUCGACGAUGAGCACACACCGUGGAAAAGGCGAUCAAAGCACAGGAAACAUAAACCCAAGUCAGAGUCGAGUUUUACGAGGCUGUCGACACGCGUUUCUCUACGCAUUGUUCCUAAAAUACGAGGAUGACCAAUGAACCUUUUUGGACAGAUCAGUCGUUAGCGCCAUAUUUCUGGCUGUUCGAUGUGCAACGGUCCAGCGAGCGGAGCUGGAACGAACGCGCCCGCAUGACAAAGUGGACCGCUGUCAACUCCUGGUGGCUUACUAUAUCUUUUCUUCGUUUAUGUUGUGGUUGGCCUUAACCGCAUGUGCGUUAAGCCGCACGUUCGACCGGGCGAACGGAAUUCGUGAGUGGCUUCUUUUUCAAAAACACACGCACACAGAAAAGUUUAAGAUAUGUGGAUGGACCCGGUUGUUUUCUUUUUGGAAAUCCUGUCAAAAGCCUAGAACUUUUCGACGAGUAUUGCAUUGAGAUUGACGUCAAAACAUAAGCUGAAAGUUUGAGAAUUGUUUACGUGUGAUUUGAACGUUGGUGAACUUAAGCACAAAAAAUGGGAUGUAUAACGUAUCAGUGGAUGACGGUCUCCCGGAAACGUCAUGUACUCGGAUGACCCUUCCGAUAGCUUAAGCAAAGGGGAAACAUCAAGUCUACUGAAAAUUCUAGUCACUAUCUUUAAAGAAGAGUGGAAAUGAAAAGUGGGGGUAUGCAAUUUAACAAAUGCAUCCUCUCGCUGAAUUGGAUAUUCACAACAAGGCACUAGCAUGCCAUCUAGCGUUCGUGCUUAGUACCCGCCGCGAGUUGCAUCCCGCCAUGGCGUUCAGAGCGGUGCUAGCUAGAUGACGUCAUUGGAAGUUACUCGUCGCGAGCUCCCGUCCUUCGCAAAGCCAACAAUGGGAGGAGAAUCGAGUUUUAUACGACUCGCGGCCGACUGUGAAGGUACAAACGAGUGGAAUGGGAAAAAGAUCUCCACCUGCUUAGACCUUGUUUUCACAACGGUGUGAUCUCUACGAUUUCAGCAAGUUUUUCCUGUGAUUUCACCAAAAACGUAGCAGUAAUACGUAAUUAAUCAAGCAAGAUGGAUCGCAGCUCGAGACUGACGGUGUUGGCUGCGGUGCUGACGUUGGUUCUGAGUUCGUGUUGUCACGCUGAAAAUACGGUAUUCUACAGACCUCUACGCGUUUACGCUAACGAAGAGGUAGCUUUACCUUGCUGGGAAUUGAUUGAUGCCAGCCAUUUGAUAAUUUGGAUCACACCCGCAGAAGUUGUAAUUGGACCUGACUAUCAUGAUGUUUCCGGAAAGUACACCAUCGAUUUAGAAGGAUCACUAGUUGUCAACGACACGGAAAAAAACGAUACUGGAAUUUACAAAUGCAUUUCUAGAUCACCUGAUGGACCUUACACCACGACGGAAACCGAGCUGGAAGUGAUUGACGCUUCGUAUCUUCCCGAAGUGGACGAAUGGCAGAAAAAUUUAGCUAGAGGAUUGAUAGCUGCCGCCUCGACCGCCGCUUUGUUUAUUUCAGCUUGCGGAUUUUAUCAUUUUAAUUGGGAGGAACGUCACCCACAAGGCAAAUCUAAGCGGUCUUCGAUAAGUAGCGGAUCUCAUCCGUCAUCUGCGACAUCGUCAGACACUCCGAACCUGCACGAAUUGAAAGGUUUGGAUAAUCCAGCCCUAACGAUCGAUACGAACGAGAUCGAUUCCGGGCUGUGAGUCUUUUAUUAUUAUUAUUUUUUAUUUUUUUCUACCAAGUUGUUCGGGUUGUCCCUACCACAAACAGUCCCGUAUAUUCGCCAUAACCCGUUCGUAGUUUAUAGACCCUUGUGCUCGGUCGAUUUCCAUUAACCUUUAUAAGUGCCAAUGUUUACCUAUUAGAGAUUUACGUGUCGUAAUCAAUAAAUAGAGGGAUGUGCAGUGA